AUGGCGGGCAAGGCGAAGAACACGACCAACAACCUAGUAUAUGAUAUCUUCCUCUGGAUUUUCACCAUCGUCGUCGACCUCUUCUUCCGCGAAAUCCAUCCCCGAAGCUCAUGGCGAAUCCCAAAGAAAGGUCCCGUCAUUUUCGUGGCCGCGCCGCACGCGAACCAGUUUAUUGACCCGUUGAUUCUCAUGCGCGUCGUUCGGCACGAUGCGAAACGGAGGAUUGCGUUCUUGAUCGCCGAGAAGAGCAUGCGAAGGGCGUUUAUUGGGGCGGCGGCGGGCUUGGUCGGAUCAGUGCCGGUUGGAAGAGCGCUAGAUUUGAAGAAGCCUGCGCCUGGUAAGAUAUACCUGCCAGACCCGGAGGGCGAUCCGACCUUGAUCAAAGGCACUGGCACCAACUUCAAGACGGACCAGUUCAUGGUUGGAGGAUUGGUCGUUCUGCCAAGUGUGAACAAUGCGGCGGCCAAUGCUGAGAUUCAAGAGAUUAUUUCAGAGACUGAACUGAGAUUGAAGAAACCUUUCAAAGGUGAAGUUGCCUAUAAACAGCUCACUGGCAAGCCACUGGACGAAGAGAAUGGACACCUUGCGAACGGAGAUGCGGACCAAAAGAGCUUUGAGGGGACGAAAUUCCAGGUGGCACCGCACGUCGACCAGGGGCAAGUGUACGAGGCCGUCUUCGAUAGAAUCAAGAGCGGGGGCUGCAUUGGCAUCUUCCCUGAAGGAGGUAGUCAUGACCGGACAGAACUUCUCCCUCUCAAGGCUGGACUUGCAAUCAUGGCUCUUGGAGCAUUGGCAGAGGAUCCUAGCUGCGGCGUGACAAUCGUGCCCGUCGGCAUGAACUACUUCCAUGCACACAAGUUCCGCUCAAGGGCAGUCAUCGAAUUCGGCCCACCUAUCGAGAUUGAGCACGAAUUGGUGGAGCAGUAUACAAAGGGUUCUAAGAGGGAUGCUGUCGGCAGUGUCCUGCAACGAGUUCACGAAGCCCUCGGCCAGGUCACUGUCCAAGCACCCGACUACGACACGCUCAUGCUGAUCCAAGCCGUGCGUCGACUAUACAACCCCAAAGGCAAAAAGCUUCCGCUUCCAUUCAUCAUCGAGCUCAACCGACGACUUCUCAAAGGCUACACAACAUACAAGGACGACCCACGAAUCAUUCAACUCCGUAAUGAGGUCUUGGAUUAUAACAGGCAACUCUUCAGACUGAACAUUCGAGACCACCAAGUCUCGUACGCGAAAUUUGCGUGGUACAGAGUCAUCUUCACUCUGGUUUACAGGACGUUGAAGUUGCUGGUACUCUUGAUGGCCUCGCUUCCCGGCGUCAUCUUAUUCUCGCCGGUCUUCAUAGCAGGUAAGCUCAUCUCGAGACAGAAGGCGAAGGAGGCCCUGGCAGCGUCUACAGUCAAGGUUAAGGCCCGAGACGUCGUCGCUACCUGGAAAAUCCUCGUCUCAUUGGCACUGGCUCCGGCUCUCGACAUCUUCUACACCAUAUUUCUGCUGUCCUGGACUUGGUCGAAUAGGAUCCGAGGAUUGGUGCCAGAAUGGAUUCCGCUUUGGUUCACAGCCAUCUUUGGGUUGAUCUUCUUUCCGGCACUGUGCUUCGGUGCUCUGAGAUUUGGCGAGAUUGGCAUGGACAUCUUCAAGAGCUUGCGUCCACUUGUGCUAUCUCUCAACCCCACGCAAGGCAAUACCUUGGUGAAGUUGCGUAAGAAGCGCGAGUGGCUAUCAACCAGGAUCAACGAGAUUAUCAACGAGCUCGGUCCAGAACUCUUCCCCGACUUCGACCAACAACGCAUCAUCAAUGACCCGGAACAUCCUCUUCACUCGCCCGAACGCUCGAGACCUGGCACGCCAACUCAUCGUCGCGAUGGAAGCGAGAUCGACUCGCUCACUUUCACACCUGCCACCCCUCCAGCUCACUCUGCGCCUUCUGCGGCAAGUCACUCGUAUCUCAGUACCAACUUGCCACGCAACGAGAGUUUCAAGAACAUUGGCUCGAUUGGUCUCUUUGCUUCGCGACCGGGUACACCGAACCGUAGCAGAAGCCGUUCCAACAGCCACGACUUCAAGGCCCCCAGCUUUGGCUUCACCGCAAUCGAUUCGAGCUCACCGGUCGAUCAGAAAGCCAAGCUGAACGAAGUCAGCAAGAACUUGCACGAGGCUAUGCGGGAGAGGGGAAGGCGGAGGAAGAGUGACGAUGCUGAGUGGGAAUUUGGCGCGGAUGAGGAUGAAGACGAGCAGGAAGACAAGAAGGUUGUCUGA